AUGAAUCCCUUUUCGUUUGACGAGAGCUCGCUGAUGGAGUUCUACGACCUCAAAACGCUGAACCCGACUAAUUCAUGGACACAGGAUUCAACUGCUGUAUACAACCUCGAGAAAUGGGCUGUUCAAACCCCGGAUAUGGUAAACUCCUACAAUGUUUUAAAGGAUUUGAUGGACCAGGAACAGCAGCAACAAGGUUUAAACGGUAUGUCGGAGACCGAUGAAAGGGAGAUCAAACGGCAGCUCGAGAUAGUUGACGAUCCUCUGAGACACAGCGUGAAGAUCAUUCAAUUGAUCGAUACCCUGCCCCCAAGCGAGGUGACAAAUGUGGCCGACUUGACGCAGUACUUAAUCAACAACAAGAAUUUCAACGUGAAGAAAUUCCUGGGAGAUAUUCACAACAAGGACUCAUUUACAGAGUUGUCCCAAUCACUAGACAUUCUGGACCAGGACAUCCAAAACCAGGCAAAUGACCUGAAGCGAUUGGUACAAGAAAAUUUCACCAAGUACGUUAAGAUAAAGAACAGAUUGGACCAAAUCUACAAGCAGUUUCUGGACAACGUAAAUGCAAAGGAUCCAAGCCUUAAUGCUGCAGAUGCCUUGGAUGUUGACCAACUGGGGGAAAAAGUGGACACUUCUGUGAGAGAAAUUACCAGGAAACUAAAGCCGUUGAUGGAGUGCCAGAGUAAAUUGAACAGCUACCAAUUGGCAAGACUGUUUAUCGAGGAAAACAAACAGUUUUUCAAUUUGCCUAGAACAUUAGAGAGACAUAUAUCCAACAACAACUAUCAAUCGUUUAUUUCCGAGUACUUGAAGGGUAAAGAGCUUUAUAAACAACUAAAAGCUGAUUACAUGGAAUCUCCAUCGUACCCGAAGACAAUUGAUACGAUAUGGAACAAGGCUGAACAACUGACAGAGGCCUAUAGAGAAAACACUUGGAGCACUUUGAUCAAUAAUGAAAACUUGGUUGAACAGCAAUCUGUCUUUUUACCGUUGAUCUCUAAACUGCUUGAUUUGAAGUUAACAGAAAAUCCAAUUAUCAAAUGGAUAAACAUCAAAUUGGAGAAAUUUGAAGCCGAUUUGUCCACAAAUUCGGAACGUCUAUUAGAAAAAGUUAUUGCUGCUCAGAGGAGCAUCGUGAAAAUCAAUGAAAAAAUAUCCGAGGAUGAUGAUGAGCACAUCGGCGUCAAUCUUUCGUAUUAUACUACUAUCGGUCAAUUAUUCAGUCCCACUUACACGAAUAAUGGCUCGCCAGUUGAGAGAUCAGAAAAUACCUCCAGCGAUACGCUUCCUGAAUCGACCAAUGGUAAUUGGAAUAAGCCUGAAAAAGACCUCACCGGUGCUUCGUUGACAAGGGGACUGACAGACUCACCAAAUGUCAUAGAGAUGUGGCUGAUGAUUGUAAGAUAUGUUCAAGAACUCAGUGUGAUUUGUAAUAAGUUUAUCGAUCUCUGGGACCACGUUGCCAAUUUUUUGGACGGAUCUUACCAGAACACAAUUAUUAAUGAAAAGAAGAAGAACAAUAUAUUGGUGGGCGACACUAAUUCGAUUUCAAACUUCAAGCAGUUCCUGGUUCUUGAGGAUGAUCAAAUCAAAAAAAUCAGGGACAAGGGUGAACUUUUUGUGACACUCAUUUCGGGGAAACUUCUUUUGCUAUUUCAAUCGUCACAGGAGUCCCUUCCAUUAAAACAGGCCAGCUCCACAAAGGAGGACAGAUCCCCGCAGAAUUACGGAUUUGUCCCGCCAAACGCAAAUGGGCUGAGUUGCCUGAGGUAUCUACCAAUGAUUAUUGAACCGCUCUUGAGAUUUGCCACACAGUUGGCCCAACUGGGGAUCAGCAAAAGAUGUAUUGAAACAACAAGAGAACUUGUUGGUGUCGUGAUAAACCGCAGUAUCAGUGCUAUUUCAGCGACUAGACAAAGAGAUAUCGGUAAUUUCCACUUGUUAGAAGACUGGGAAGUUCACAAACUUGUUGACGGUAUCUCCAACUCGGGAUCCAAACGCAUCAAAUAUGCUGUCACUCAAUUCCCUGAAAUUGUGCUGACUUUCCAACAGUACAGCAUAAAGACGAUUCGGGAUAUUUUGUAUGCUUGUGAAAGAUUGCCAGUGAUCAAUGAAAUUUCCGUUGUCAGCUACCCAUCAAAGAAACAAAUCACUCCCAUCGAAAUCCAACAAAUUAUCUCAAUGGAGACUGUAUUGGAAGCCAUAUUGAAAAAUGCCGCCAAGGAUAAGGACAACCCAAGGACAUCCCAUACAUUGUUGACUUUGACCAACCUACAACAUAUUAGAGAGACAACAUUUGUGGAAAUCAGAAAGUAUUUCGACGAGGCAUUUGAGUGCCAUCUGUCAGACAAAAAACUUGAUAUAAUCACGCUACUGCAAAAAAUGGAGGUGUCCAUUUUUGGGAACUACCUGUCCACUUUGAAAAUCAACUUGAAGAACAUUCUAGACGAGAAGUUUCAUCAAAUUGAUUGGCCGAGUCAUACGUCCAAUUCAUUUAGAAUAAGUGAUUACAUUUUGGAAUCUUUGAUGUUGCUUGUGACGAUCCAUAGCGAGUGUUACAGGAUUGGACCACAAUUGAUUGAAAAAGUGUUGAGGGACGCACAAGUUUUUAUUUCAAGGUUUCUCUUCGAAGCACUGAAGACGUACGUGGGGGCCAUUUCCUCUGAUGGGUUGUUGCAGAUUACUGUUGAUUUGAUCUUCUUCCAGAAAAUUCUUGGCUCACUGUUAGAACCAGAGACAAAGGCAACUUUGCGGGCAUGCUUGCAAGACUGUUUCCAAAAUAAGAUAGAUAAGUUAGACAAAUGCAUCAACGACGUGCAGCCAAUCGUUGACUCUAAUAUCAAGAAGACGAGUAUCCAAUUUGCUGCUUUCCAAUGUUAG